AUGAUGGACUCCAAUAAGAUGACCAUAAACUUGGCCCUCUUUGGCAUGACUCAAAGUGGAAAAAGUUCUGCUGGGAACAUUCUUCUGGGAAGCACUGACUUCCACAGCAGCUUUGCUCCAUGUUCUGUGACCAAAGAUUGCAGUCUGGGCCGCAGUUGUCACUUCCACAGCUUCAUGCGUCGAGGGGGGCAAGAGGUAACCCUGCAGGUCCAGGUGCUGGACACUCCAGGUUAUCCGCACAGCAGGUUGAGCAAGAAGCAUGUGAAGCAGGAGGUCAGGGAGGCCCUGGCACAUCACUUCGGGCAAGAGGGUCUGCACCUUGCACUGCUGGUCCAGAGGGUGGAUGUGCCUCUAUGUGAACAGGAAGAAUCUUCCCCAGUCCAGAUGAUCCAGGAACUUCUGGGACAUACUUGGAAGAAUUACACUGCCAUUCUUUUCACCCAUGCAGAGAAAAUAGAAGAGGCUGGGUUCAAUGAAGAUGAAUACUUACAUGAGGCCUCUGAUACACUGCUAACUCUACUAAAUUCUAUUCAGCACAGAUAUAUUUUCCAGUAUAAAAAAGGAAACUCACUUAAUGAACAAAGACUAAAAACCUUAGAAAGAAUCAUGGAAUUUAUAAAAGAAAAUUGUUACCAAGUUCUUACCUUUAAAUGA